GUUCUCUCGCUAUCCGCUUCUUACCUUACUAGGAUCUCGCCAAUUUGUUUACCUUUUGUAUCGCCAAAGUAAGCUAUCUCCAACUAUUCUUUGCAGCGUUUUGAUAAAUGGAUUUGCAAAGAAUGUAUCGCUGCGCCUGAUAAGUAAACGCAAUAAUAAGCUGCUGUUCUGAAGAUUUUUCUCUCAGCCUCAGAGCAGAAUUUUUUGGAGCAGCCUUCAGAUGCGUCUGUCUUUCUCUCAAAAGUACAACAGUUUUUCCUCUGUAGUUCCUACCUUCGAAUUGUACAGUUUGCGAGACACUAGUGGUCUUUGCAUCUGAAGAUGUUGCCAUUUUGAAGCUUAAGCCGGUUUAAUGUACUCCAAUCCAUUCACUUGUAUACAUUGUUAUAAGAAAGCCAGAUAAUGUCUAUCAAGUCAGCAUUUGAAGAAGAUGAUUUAAAGUUUGAUGGGCAUGAAUCUUCUGAUUUUCCCCAAAUGUCUGAGCAUUUAAGAGAUUCAAAUAUUUUACAAUCAAGGAAGACUUAUGGAAGAAAAAAAAAUUCUGGAAGUUUGUCAGUGUGUAGGGAAAAUAGUGGAUCUUUUUCUACUACUGUUGAAGACUGGUGGGCAGAAAAAAAUUUGGAAUCUGCAGCAAGUAUUACAAGCAGCAGUUAUAGUAAAAAUAAUUAUGAGAAAGAGGUUGAUUCAAAAUUUUGUCUGUUUAGUGAUGAAGUUACUGAUAAUUAUGUUUCUGGUUCUGCAGAUAGUCCAAAAGAUGGGAUUUCUUCUAUUCUUGGAACAGUAAGCUCUGGUUCAAAUUAUCAACGCACAAGGAAAAAUUUAAAGAAUCAAAUAAAUAAUGAACAGAAUAAUUCCGAAGAGAUAUUUAAAUCAUCAGUACAUGAAAAAAAUUCGAAUUUUAUAUCAGAUGCCAAUGAAUUGAAAUCUGCCAAUGAUUUUUUAAAUCCUAACCAAGCAACUUUUUCUGUUAAGCAAAGUUCUCUUCUGUCCGAAAACAGUCAAGCAAAUCAUACAAGAAUUAAUAAGAGUGAUGGAUCUGCUAAUGAAUUACCUCAAAAAUCGACUGUGCAAAUGGGUAAACCUGUCGGCUUUUUGGGUUUUGGUAAAGCAAAUUUCUUUGAAAAUCCUUUGAUUAAUCAAAGUAUGUUUUCAUUGAUAGACCUGGUAAAGAAAUUUUCAGUUCGUAAUAAUGAGACUUGUGCAAAAAAUACCCCUACCAGUAAAAGAAUUGAAGAAGUAUGCGAAUUUGCGCCUCUCAAAAAGGAAUCAGUUGCAAACAGUGCUUCAUCGUCAAAAAUAAAUUCUUUUGAUAAGAAAACAUUGAAAUCUACUGUUUCUAUUCGAAAAUCUAGCAAAAAUGUUAUUUUAAAAAGUGAUGUGAUAAAUGCUAAUAAAUUAGGUGUCAAAAAAGGUGGUGUUAAAACUCCUUCAAAAUCUAUACAGAAGCGAAAUAUCAGGUCUUUUGAUAAAAUAGAAAAAAGUGUAGAUAUGAUAGGUUGUGUGAGAAAUACGGAUACACCCAGGGAAAUUGGUGCCAAAAUUCCAUCAAAGGCUGUACAGUGGGAAAAUAUUAAAAGAAGCAUAAAAGUGCUUACAAAAUACGUUUCUAAACAUAAAUUUGUCGAAAAUAAUGUAAAAGCUACGGUUAAAUCGUCAGUUACUCGUAAAACUUCUAAUUUGCUUACGGAUGCACCCAUGAAAAGAGGUGCCAAAAUUCCAUCGAAAGCUGUGCAGAGCAAAAAUAUUAAAAGAAGUAUAAAAUUGCUUACAAAAUAUGUUUCUAAAAAUAAAUUUGUCGAAAAUAAUGUAAAAGCUAAGGUUAAAUCAUCAAUUACUUGUACAACUUCUAAUUUGCAUUUAGUUAGAAAUGGAACUACGGGGAAAAUACAGUCGGAUCGCGAUGAAAAACAAAUUGAAAAGCUUCCUUUUGUUCAUUCGAAUGAAAAAGCAAUUCAGAAGCAAUUUCUUGAUAAUAUUCCAGUAAUCUUUGCUCCAAUACCUCCAUUUUCUCAAGAAACAAUUCCUCUUUGCAUACGGAGCGUUAAUACUUCUGUCGCUUAUGACCACUCCAUUCAGAAUGGUAACCAGGCUGUUUCACAUGGAAAUUUUGAAGAUAUGGCAAUUCCUGAACCUUCUACUUUAAGUAAUAAUCACUCCAUUCAGAAUGAUAACCAGGCUGUUUCACAUGGGAAUUUUGAAGAUAUGGCAAUUCCUGGACCUUCUACUUUAAAUAAUAAUCACUCCAUUCAGAAUGAUAACAUGGCUGUUUCACAUGGGGAUUUUGAAGAUUUAGCAAUUUCUGGUCCUUCUACUUUAAGUAAUAAUCACUCCAUUGAGAAUGAUAACCAAGCAGUUUCACAUGGGAAUUUUGAAGAUUUAGCAAUUCCUGGUCCUUCUACUUUAAGUAAUAUUCACUGCAUUCAGAAUGAUAACCAGGCUGUUUCACGUGGGAAUUUUGAAGAUUUAGCAAUUCCUGGUCCUUCUACUUUAAGUAAUAAUCAUUCAAGUAGGGAUGCUACUAAUUUCUUAGAGAAUCCUGUAUAUCAUGAGCAGGAAAUGAGGACUGGAUCUUUUAUGUCUCUUGGUGUUUUUUUUGAGCAAACUGCAAAUGAUUAUUUUCAAAGAACUGAAAAUAUGUGCAUGUUAAGAAAAGCGGAGAUGGCUAGAAUGAUAUUUUCAAGCCAUCCUUCUCUGAGCAAUAUAACUGUGAGUCAGUUUUGCAAUUUUCCUCGAAUAACAGCUGUUUUUUCUGAUUACUUAAAUGAUUGUGUUGGUGUACCUCUUAAUUACCAUGAUUUCAAUGAAGGGUAUGAUUUUCCAGAAAAUUUUGAAACAGAAAAUAUGUUGAGUGUUGUAAAGGAUUUUGUACAUUCUAUCAUUUUUUAUAUAAUUCCAAAAUAUGGGCCAAAACCUUCAGAUGUAUCAUAUUUACAAAUCAUUAAUGCUGCAGUGUCCAAAAUGUCAAUUAGGGAGAAUGCAAUUGUGACGCGGGUAUUUGGAAAGAAGUCUUCGUCGGAAAAGAUUAAAUUGGACGAUAUGUUGUCAAAAUUUGAUUUUGUUGCUAUGCUUGUGAUAUUUGACGAAUAUAAACGCAGGCAAAUUACUUCAAAUAUGAAGAACUGAAACAUGAUUAUUUAAGAUUAUAACUUUUAAUUUGUAUGGUUUGAUGAUGAAAUUGUUCUUGAAUAAUAUUUGAAUACAUAAAUUGCUUGAAUUUUUCAUUAUAUCUGCCUGCAAUUCCGUUUAAUGAUAUAUAAAGUGUUCUUUAUUUAUUCUUCCUCUUAUUUCUGAAAUGUAUCUUAAUUACAAUAUAAAAAGCACAAAGUGAAAGGAAGCAGAAAUUAUAGAUGGUUUCUUAACAUUAUAUUUGUGUAGAUAAUAUGAGGAAAAUAAUAUUUUCUCAAUAUUUGAAUAGAUAUAGAAUAAUUACUAAUACUGAUAUAUUUGUUAUAUGUCUUGAUGUAAGCAUGUAUUCCAUUUAAAGAUAUAUAAAGUGUUCUUUAUUGUUCCUCUUAUUUCUGAAAUAUAUCUUAAUUACAAUAUAAAAAGCACAAUAGUUGAUUCCAUUGAAGAAUUUUUCUUAUUUUGAUGCAAAGAUUUCAUUUUGCGUUUGUAAAUGAAUUUUUUUUUCUCCUGUUCGUAAAACUAUUGCUGAGUUCUGAUUAGUAUGUUGAUAAGCUGUAUGGAUAGGGGAGAUCCUACUGGAAAGAAACAAAUCAUUUCAUUCUUAAGCACUCUGCCAAUGUACAUAUACUUUUGUACUGCAUUUUUCUUUAAUAAAUUUGGCAAACAAUUCUGAGACAUGACUGGUUGGCUAAAAAUUGAUCUGGAUGGGCAUGUAUUUUCUAGUGUUGGUUAAUAUAUCUGCUAAAAAAGGGAAGGGUUUUACGUAAUUGAAGUUUAUCUGAAAUUCAAUAAGUGAAAGGUUUUUUUCCUUAAAAAUUGAAAUUUAUUUUAUAUUGAUUUAGUUAAGAGUAAAACAUUUUUUUAAUUUGUGCAAUAAUUAAAGAGAAUAAAAUAAAGCAACAUCGUUCUGAAGAUAUUAAAAACAUCCGAAAAAUGUCAGAAAUUUCUUUAAAAUCCUGGAAAAUUCAAACGCCUGAAAUGCUGGCCACCCUGACAUUGUUUUAUUAUUCACCUCAUUAUGCUUCCUAUGUUUUGUUUUCAAAACACUAUCUUUUAGUUUUAAGGGGGGAAAAAGGGGCAUCUUGUU